CAUGGUGGAUGUAGUAUGUCCGGGAUUGUAUUCAUACUACACACACAUACUGAUUAGUACGUACUGUUUCAACGGGCAUGCAGUAGGCACUGCAUCGAAUGCAGUACAUACUGUCACACUACACGAUUUCGGACGCACCAUUGACUCCAACCUAGCUGAAGCGACUCUUUAAAAAGCACUGAUUAUGGCAGUGGAUUGGGCUGGAUAUGGAUAUGCAGCACUCGUUACGUCUGGAGGAGUCAUGGGUUAUGUCAAAGCAGGCAGUGUCCCUUCUUUGGCAGCUGGACUGCUAUUUGGAGGUUUGGCAGGUUUUGGUGCCUACCAGAUAUCACAAAACCCCCAAAAUAUUUGGGUGUCUUUAGCUACAUCAGGAACCUUGGCUGCUCUCAUGGGGAAAAGAUUUUACAACUCUCGGAAGAUAAUACCUGCGGGUGUAGUGGCUGGAGCAAGUAUCCUGAUGUUGGCAAAGCUUGGUAUUGGACUCCUGGAGAAGCCUCAAGAUUCAUGACUGGUGCUGCAAAAAAAUGUCACUGAUAAAAAUAAAUCAUACUUUUGUUUGAAUCUACAUUGUACACAUUUAGAAUAAUUUGACAUGAUUGUGGGUCUCAUUUUCUAUACAAUGUUUAAUAAAUGAUAAAAAUUAAGCAAA